AUGGAAGCAAAACCUUCUUUAUCUAUUCAAAGAUCAGGUGCAAGACAACUUAGUAACUUUGGGGUUUCUGGGACUAUGUCUUCUUCUUUUCCUGUUCUGCCAACCCCUCUGGGAGAAAGAUAUCCUAAACUACCAGUUUCCAAGCAGGAUUCCAGGGAGAGGGAACUCGUGCAACAUUCUCCAGCUAUCAUUUCGCAAAUGUCUUCCAACAAUGGGGUAGUUGGCCAUCUAUUUUCUUCGUCCUCGGGAUAUUCUACCGAUCUUUUUUUUUCAUCUAACCCGGAACAAAAGAACCAUCCAAGACAAUCUCAUCUCAUAUCUCACUCAACUAACAGUGAGACAUCACUUAUGUUGCCUCAUUCUGUUGAUUCUGAAGCCCCUCGAUCCACAGCAUCAAGUCACUGUGACAAGGAAGAUAACAACCCCUCUUGGUGUACAGAUUCACUGCCUGAUUUUCUUGAUUAUCCUUUAAGUACCUCUAUCCAGAAUAAUCAACUAGAAAGGAGUCACUGCAGCGGCACUGCCAUUCCAUCUGAGGAACUUACUAAACAUGAUGAUUGGCAGGAAUGGGCUAACCAGCUUCUCACUGAUGAUGGUGCUUUGACUUCUGACUGGAAUGAGCUUCUUGCUGAUGCAAGUAUUGCAGAUCCAGAACCAAAGCUACAUCAUCAUAUGUCCAACCUGUCGACAAAUUUCUCAAUACAGCAGCCCAAUGAACAGAUCCCAGCUACACCUGGAGAAACUUGCACCGCUGUUGCUCAAUCAUCUUCUGCUAAUUGUGCUCAAACCAAGCAACGAAUGCGUUGGACUCCAGAACUUCAUGAAGCCUUUGUGGAGGCAGUCAACAAGCUUGGUGGAAGUGAAAGAGCCACUCCUAAGGGUGUCCUGAAGCUAAUGAAAGUUGAAGGUUUGACCAUCUAUCACGUAAAAAGCCACCUACAGAAAUACCGAACAGCUAGAUACAAACCAGAGACAACAGAAGAAUCUUCAGAAAUAAAACAGACCUCUAUUGAAGAUCUGUCAUCUCUAGACAUGAAAACGGGCAUUGAGAUCACUGAAGCAUUGAGAAUGCAAAUGGAAGUCCAAAAGCGGCUUCAUGAGCAGCUUGAGAUUCAAAGAAAUCUGCAGCUUCGAAUAGAAGAACAAGGGCGUCACCUUCAGAUGAUGUUUGAGAAGCAGUGCAAGUCGGGCAUGGACUUGCUCAAAGGGAGUUCAUCUGCGACUGAGAACCCCUUAAAAGAGUUCAUGGAUUCAGUAGGAAAUGCUCCCUUCAAAGAUGAUUCAGGAGUACCAGUCGACGACAGUGGCGAAACAGACGGAAAAUCAUCUAAUGAACCAGCAGAGGAAAAUUCACGGGAUGUGGGAGAGAAACAUAAAGCUCACGAGUCUGAAGUUGUUGGAAAUUGUGAAGCAAAUGUAGCUGGCAUGUCCAAAUUGUCACCAUCCAAGCGUGCUAAAGUGCACGGUUAG